UGGAAGAGGAGCGAAAGCAGAGCCGUCGGAUGUAUGCACUUUCAGCCCUGAUCUUCUUCCUAUUACUCCCACUUAUUUGCGCGUCUUUUUUUAUUCUAAGAUGAUGUACAUUUUUAUGCGCUGAAACUAAAUCUGCUCGCAUUCUGCUUAAGGUAAAGUGAAACCGUGUUUAUACCGACGGCGACGGACAAGCGACAGAUUUUUUUUCCGCCUGUUUUUUUUUUUCUUCUUUCGCGUGAUAGGUCUUUGGUCUAAUAUUUUACAUUAGCGCUCAUUCUGUAACGUUGUGUUUUCGUGGAGAGCUUGGAGGAAGAUGGGCUGUUUGGGGAACAGCAAGACCGAAGACCAGCGCAUUGACGAGAAGGCUCAAAGAGAGGCGAAUAAAAAAAUCGAGAAACAGUUACAGAAGGAAAGGCAGGCGUACAAAGCCACACACCGGCUGCUUUUACUAGGGGCUGGAGAAUCCGGAAAGAGUACGAUUGUCAAGCAGAUGAGGAUCUUGCACGUCAACGGCUUUAACGCAGAAGAAAAGAAGCAGAAAAUAUUGGAUAUCCGAAAAAAUGUGAAGGAUGCCAUUGUAACAAUAGUAUCAGCCAUGAGCACUUUAAUACCCCCAGUGCCAGUUGCCAACCCGGAUAAUCAGUUUCGAGCCGACUAUAUAAAAAGCAUAGCGCCACUUUCUGACUUCGACUACACAGAGGAAUUUUUCGAGCAUGCUAAACAGCUUUGGGAUGAUGAAGGUGUGAAGGCCUGCUUUGAACGGUCCAACGAGUACCAACUCAUAGACUGUGCCCAAUACUUCAUGGACAGAAUUGAUUCAGUGCGGCAGAAUGACUACACACCAACAGACCAGGAUUUGCUUAGGUGCCGAGUUCUGACUUCAGGUAUUUUUGAAACACGAUUUCAAGUGGACAAGGUCAACUUUCACAUGUUUGAUGUCGGUGGUCAAAGAGAUGAGAGAAGAAAGUGGAUCCAAUGCUUUAAUGAUGUGACGGCCAUUAUUUUUGUAGCAGCCAGCAGCAGUUACAACAUGGUGAUCAGAGAAGAUAACAGCACUAACCGCCUACGCGAGUCCCUAGAUCUGUUUCGCAGUAUUUGGAAUAACAGGUUUUUACGAACCAUCUCAGUGAUCCUAUUCCUGAACAAACAGGACAUGCUGGCAGAAAAGAUCCUGGCUGGAAAAUCUAAACUUGAAGAUUACUUCCCCGAGUACACUCGCUAUACAGUCCCACCUGAUGUGACCCCUGAUGCUGGGGAAGACCCAAAAGUAACCAGGGCCAAGUUCUUCAUCCGGGAUGAAUUUUUGAGGAUCAGCACAGCAAGUGGCUCGGACAAGCACUACUGCUACCCACAUUUCACUUGUGCCGUGGACACAGAGAAUAUUCGUCGUGUCUUCAAUGACUGUCGUGACAUCAUCCAGAGGAUGCAUCUCCGCCAGUAUGAGCUUUUGUGAUUAGCUGCCACAACCUGUCCAUUCUGCAAUGAGAUUCUUAUCCACUCCCAGAUUUCAGCAGGACAUAUGUGAACUACUGACAAGUGACAAUGUCGUGAUUUUUUUCUAUACUUAUAUUGUUUUCUUCCACUUUAUCCCCUUAUUUAUACAAGAGUGAGGUGUGGGUGUGUUGUUUUCUGUAUCUCUUCAGUCUUGAGAACUUUUAAUUUUGAUUUUCUAACUUGCUGUGGUUGGAUGUGGACCAGCCAACCCAGUGAAAAUCUGUGGUAACAUUUGGCAAGGAAGCCUGACCUUUGUAAUCUUUUAAAGGUCGUUUAGAAGUACUUGACAUGUGAAUAAUGCACUUUUGCAUCAUAUUUUAAAAUACAGACCAGUACGCAUACUUCACUAUGUAGCACCGCUAUAUUUAUUACUUGUCACUUUUCUCUUAAGUAUAUUUUUAUCGUGUUUUGCUUUUCUUUAAUUUAGUUUUCUGCUAGAGGUGCAAUGUUGCAGGAAUUACCCACGGGUUUGGAAAUGUUUAAAGAGCACAGACUGAGUGUAGGCAUGUUGGAUCAUUGGACUUGAAGUCUUCUGCACCUCAGUAUAUUCUGCAAAAGACUGAGUGGCCAAAUGAUAAUGAAUAGCUCUCUUGACAUAGAGUUUUUUGAUGUAGGGAUAGUAUGUGUAUACUGGUCUGUAAAUACACAUACGUACACAAACACUAUAUAUUGGGGAUGGGGGUAUUUUAUUAUGCUAAGGAAUGUGCAAGGUUGCUUGCACAUGCCUGCAAAAUGUAAUGUUAUUUUGUACAUCCUAAUUGAAAAAGAAAAAAAAAACUUGUAGAAGCUCCUUGUGCCUUUAAAUACAGCUGUACCUGUAAAUGAGGAUUUAGAUAUAAACACAUUUCUGAUGGCGCUGUACAGCUUGAUGUCAAAUCUUAACUGCAGCACAGCCUGCUGAUGGGGAAUCUCUCUCUCUCUCUCUCUUUUACUUGCUCAACUGUGGAAAUGCAUUUCUCUCUAGUUUAUAAAGAAAAUGGAAUCCUAUGGUCUUUAGUAAAAAAUGGAAAUUAGUAAAAAAAAUUAUAUAUAUAUAUAUAUAUAUAUAUAUAUAUAUAGUAUACAAUAUGCAAAAGUAACCACUCACUAAUUGCAAAGUUGAAAAUGAAAAAAGAGAAAAUUGCUUUACUCCCUUUUGUUGUUCUAAUUUCACUUUCAAGAAUUGUUAACAGCUUUAAAACCAUUGGAAAACACUUUAAGUGUUCAAACUAUGAGCCUGCUGACACAGUAGGAAGUAAACUUUUCAAACAUGAAAUGUAUGUGAGGUGUGUACACAGGGUUACAGCUGUAAAUGUGUGUAUGCAUGUGUGUGCCUGCAUGUGUAUACCCACAUUCCCUGUUGUGUUUAACUCAAGUUGUACAUCAGCAUUUUUAUAUUUAUAUGUGUACAUAUACAUUUAUAAGGUUACAACAGAAAUUAUAUUGUACAAACCUAUAUGUACAAUUCUACAUAGAACUGUGUGUGCCUAUGCGUAUACAUAUUUAUGAAUGUCUAGUGAGGUCGUAUGCAUAAUCAUGGAUCUAGGUAGGGUGUACUGUUGAAGGUUUGACUAUCCCUUAACAUUCAGUAACAUGCUGGCACUGAUUCACCAUCCUCACAAUUUACAAAUUCUCGCAGAGCCUGGCACAGUAAAGUGUGAAAAGGUUAUGCAGUCAGUCAAAAUGGGAUCAUUUCAUUAGUGUGAGAGAAAUGUCCUUAUUACUUACUUCUUAUAUGUAACUAUACAUUCAUCUACUUGAUCAUACCAAAUUUAUUGAAAUGUAACCACAUUUUUUUUCUCAGAGGCAGCUUAGAAAUAGACCCUUAAAAAGGACUCUUUAUGCCUCAGGGGGGUCCUCUAUUGAGAGGAUUGUAGAUAAAUCAUAUCUAUAUAAUCCUAAACUAUUUUGCUUUAGUUAUGUAAGGGCUCUUAGCCUUUUUAAAGAAUUCAGUUUAUAAAAACAUAUUUGGGGUUUUACAUAGAACCCUCAAUGCCACAACCCCCUGAGGCAUAACAAAAGAACACUUAAGAAGAGUUCUAGAGUGGAUGCUUGUGAUUGUAGCUUGUAAAUUUAAAGACCAGCCUGCAUAAGAAUCAUGGCGGGACCUUUAUGUAUGACCCCUUUAUCCUCAAAUAAUACUAUAGAUUAUAAUUUUUUUAUUCUCCAACACUUUAGAUUUGCUCAUGGAAAGACGAACCUGACAUGUGCUGCAUUUUUAGUCCACAGGUAUACUUUGUAAGUUUAAAUUAUAUUAAUAAUAAUAAUAAUAAUGAAGGCUACUCUCAUAAAUCACCAAUGGUCUUGUAGGGUUUUAGGUUAUGUCACAUUUGUCCAUACUGAAAAUUACAUUACAUUACAUUAGCUAGGAGAAAAAAAUAUAUAUAUGUGUAUCUGUUUCCCCGAACACUACAGAAGAUGACUGUGUGGAUGACAGACAGGGCACAUAGAGUAGCAGCACUGGUAGAUAAGCUCAUUCUUUUUACUUCUAGGCUUCUCCAUGUUGACAUACUGGGUGAUAACUUGCUGAGAAAUGGAAAGAAAAAUCUGUCUGCCUUUAAUGUUUUUUUAUG